AUGGUGAGAAUCAAGAUGAAAGCUUUCAAAUCUAGGUCACCUCCGAGGUCCGACGAGUCACCACCUGCCCUGCUGCCGUCUGCCGAAGCCACCACGCUUCACCACCGGUUCCAUCAAAACAGUCACUGUCCACGUCUUCUCAGCGCGCUUACCAGUCGCCGAACGGGGGGUGACGAGAAUUCAUCGAUCUCACUGUCGAGAAGCCGACGGGCACCGCAAAGACGACCAAGGCGCUGGCCACCCGGCUUCGACCCCUCCAACAGACGCGAGGACAUCAGGUCCAUCUGUGUGUGGCCAGACGGGCACGGCUAG